AUGAGAGAAUCAAACUUUUCUUUUCCUUCACAAAACCGUGCUUCUGUUUGUAUUACAUCUGCUCUAUAUGACCGUAGAGCUCUCGACUGCACGGCCAUCUUACCUCUAAUCAAUUCCCUUACACAUCUUACCUAUUUAACGAGUACUUCCCCACGCAUCCGAGAGAUUCUUACGAUGGACGGCGGACUAGAACGCUUGGUUCGUAUAUUGAAAACUACUAAAGUUAAUGAUAAAAGAAGUGGUUGGAAAUGGUCUAUGGCAUUUCAGUGUGUUGCGAACGUUGGUGUACGUGGCUCUGAGGCUAUUAGAACGAGAGUUGUGGAUGCUG